GAUGCCAAAGACCUUCGCAUACUUGUAGUUUAGAUCGAACCAUGCAGAGUUCAGGCUUACUCUGGAUUGUAUCUCUCACCUGCUUCCUAAUUGCCUUAGGAUCCCUUGCAGAGGCAUGUCCAAAGCAAGAACCCUGUCCGAGAAGAUGUCCAUUUAGGUACAAGAAGGACGCAAAUGGAUGCAGAACUUGUCAAUGCUGUCCUGUCUUGCGCUGUCCAUUUUGCUGGAGGGGAUAUAUUAUAGGCAAGGAGGAGAACCAGUGUAUGUCAUGUCAUUGUAAAUGGGGACUUUGAAGAAUUGUCCGCCAUCCCAUACACCAAAUUAUCAACGUCGUCUCACUUUCCGUGAAAAUUCCGUUCAUACACUUUUCAAUUUGCAUUGCAGGGCUUUUUAAUGCCACUGAUAUAAAUUUUGAAAGGAAACCACAUGUAUGUUUGAUUUAUAUUUAUUUGAAUCAAGCUUAAAGAGGCUGGGGGUUGUGGCCAUUUUUAGACUAUAUUGAUCUCCUUUAGAAGAAGAGCUCCAUAUGAAGAUAUAGAAAAUGAUCAAAUUUUAAAACUAAAAUUUUUGAAAUUUUUCUUUGCCAAAUGAUAGUUGACAGCUUAAGAUAUCAUAUCUAAAAAAUUAAGUUAAAUCUGGUGGUUAAUUUGUGGUUAAUUUGUUGACCCCCAGCCUCCUUAAGCAGAUUUUUAUUGUAGAAAAAUAAUGCAUUUUGUAUUAUGGUUAGAGAUAUAUGUACAAAGAAUCAAAAAUAAAAUUCUUUGAGCAUUUAUGUAAU